GUUACCAGUCGCUGAUUGGCUGUGGCUCGGAGUAUAAGAACAGCGAGAAGGCGGGCGCGCUCCCUUUUUUUCCCCGGAGCUCUCGUGGGAGGGAACAGCUGGUCUUUAAACCCUUUGUGGCAAUCCUUGGAAGCACCGUCGAGAUGCCCAGGGAAGACAGGGCUACGUGGAAGUCCAACUAUUUCCUGAAAAUCAUUCAACUGCUGGAUGAUUAUCCAAAAUGCUUCAUCGUGGGAGCAGACAAUGUAGGAUCCAAACAGAUGCAGCAGAUCCGCAUGUCCCUGCGUGGGAAGGCUGUUGUGCUGAUGGGGAAGAACACCAUGAUGCGCAAGGCUAUCCGUGGUCAUCUGGAGAAUAACCCUGCUUUGGAAAAGCUGUUGCCUCAUAUCCGUGGGAAUGUAGGCUUUGUGUUCACCAAGGAGGAUCUGACUGAGAUCAGGGACAUGCUGUUGGCAAACAAGGUGCCAGCUGCUGCUCGAGCUGGUGCCAUUGCCCCUUGUGAUGUCACUGUGCCAGCCCAGAACACUGGUUUGGGUCCCGAGAAGACCUCCUUCUUCCAGGCUUUGGGCAUCACCACGAAGAUCUCCAGGGGUACCAUUGAAAUCCUGAGUGAUGUGCAGCUGAUCAAGACUGGAGAUAAAGUGGGAGCCAGCGAAGCGACCUUGCUGAACAUGUUGAAUAUUUCCCCAUUCUCCUUUGGGCUGAUUAUCCAGCAAGUGUUUGACAACGGCAGCAUUUACAAUCCUGAAGUGCUGGACAUCACCGAGGAGACUCUGCACAGACGCUUUCUGGAAGGCGUUCGUAAUGUAGCUAGUGUUUGUCUGCAAAUUGGCUACCCAACCAUCGCUUCUGUGCCUCACUCCAUCAUCAAUGGGUAUAAGCGAGUCCUAGCUGUGGCUGUGGAGACUGAGUACACCUUCCCAUUUGCUGAAAAGGUAAAGGCCUUCCUAGCUGAUCCCUCAGCCUUUGUGGCUGCUGCCCCUGUGGCAGCUGCAGCUCCUGCUGCCGCCACCGCUGCUGCUGCUCCAGCCAAAGAGGAAGUAAAGGAGGAAUCAGAGGAGUCUGACGAGGACAUGGGAUUCGGUCUUUUUGACUAACCCCUGCCACACACUGACUAACCACUUCUUCAACUGGUUUAAUUAGAGAAAUAAAGUGCUAUUUUACACCCUC